AUGGAGGUGGACUGGGCAUCUGGUCAGACUGAAGAGUGGUCGAAAAGCAUUUCUGAGUGGACUCCGGUAGAACAACCAAAGGAAGACGGUGGAGUGAUGGAUAUGAAGGGAAAAAUGGGGACUAGGCCUGUUAGCAUUCCUGGGGCUGUUCCUCUCGGCAAGCGGAGUUUCGCAACUUGGAAAGUGUCAAAACCUUUCACUGGCGGGAUCUACCGCCGCAUGGGGGCAUUGAUUCAGGGGCCCGUUAGUCCGGAGGACAUGUUUAGCGAGUUAAGAGCAGUCGUCGGGAUUUAA